CACGUGCCUUUGUUUGGCGCUUUUGUGGCGCGGGCAGGGCAGUCGCGAGCGGAGUCGGUGUGUGGCGGCGGCGAGAGCAGGUGGGCUCGGCGGCCGCGGGUAUUUCUUUGCUGUUAUCCUGCAUUUGGAAUUUAUCUUAGCCAUGGCAUCUUCUGACAUUCAGGUGAAAGAACUAGAAAAACGUGCUUCUGGACAGGCAUUUGAAUUGAUACUUGGCCCCCCUUCAAAAGAAGCUGUUCCAGAGUUUCCUCUUUCACCUCCAAAGAAGAAAGACCUUUCACUGGAAGAAAUUCAGAGGAAGCUAGAAGCUGCAGAAGAAAGACGUAAGUCCCAUGAAGCCGAGGUGUUGAAGCAGCUAGCUGAGAAACGAGAGCAUGAAAAGGAAGUGCUGCAGAAGGCAAUUGAAGAGAAUAACAACUUCAGCAAGAUGGCAGAGGAAAAGUUGACCCACAAAAUGGAAGCAAACAAAGAGAACAGAGAAGCACAAAUGGCUGCUAAACUGGAACGCUUGAGAGAGAAGGACAAGCAUAUUGAAGAAGUACGGAAGAACAAAGAAGGAGGCAAAGAAUCUGGUGAGAACGACAGCGACUGACUUCAUCCUGGAAACUGACUUUUCUCCCCUUUGUCUAAAUAUCCAAAGACUGUUUUGGCCAGUGUUUUUUGUUAAGUUUCUAGAAAACUGAUGUAGAGCUGUAUAGUUAGAUCUAACUGUACACUUGCUUUGGGGAAUUAGAGGGGAGCCCUUUCAUGUUCACUCUUUUUCUAAAAUGUUGUCUUUCCAGUGUAGCUAUCUUGUUGCAUUUCUUCUAUUCCAGUGCAUUUGUUCCUGGAUUGAUGGCUAGUGCUGUAUUCAGCUCUGACAUUUGUGAACGGAAUAUGUAGUGUAAUGUUCAUGCUGAAUCUGUUACACUUCAGAAUCUGUCCAUCUUAACAAUAUUACUGUAACCAAGUGACUUAAUAAAGCUGCACAGUGCUGUUAUCACAGGUGACUGUUUCUGAGAUUAGCAUGACUAAAUAUGCAACCCAAGCGUAGCUAUGGCUAGAACAUUUUAAUGCAAUAUUUGAAUGAAACUGCCUGUAAACAAUAUUCCUGUAUCCAGUGGCUAGUGCUAUUCCAUAGUGGCCAUUUUCUUUAGAAUUGUUGCCUGUUGUUUUGGUUUACAAUAAGAGCUUUGUCUUGCACCUCAGCAGUUGUCAGCUGCUGUUUUGUUCAAACAGUUGAGAGCCACCUCCCUCCUUGUAUGUGCUUGCACUUCUAACAAAUAACUCUUGUUAACAUGUGACCUGAUCUGAUUUCAAAAGCGUUUGCCUGUUGAUUUUUGAAGUCUCAUUUUACAGGCAGGGGGAGAUGGAAGUCCGCAAGACGAGGUUAAGAAAUUUGGAGAUUCUGCUCUAAUUUCAUAUCUAGCAGUAAAUCUAUAUUGGGGGGUGAAGGACAAGCUUUGAUGGUCCCAGAUAUUUAGUCUUCACUAUUUGAAUCAAUUGUCUUUUCAAUUUAAAGCAAUACCAUAAUUUAGAUUUGUUAAAGCAGGCUUCCUUAAACGGUGCAUAAAAAGGGAAUUCCAGCUGUAGUGAAGUACAUGCCAUUGGAUAUGUGUUCCAGUUAUUGGCUGCAUGGAAGUGAUAGCAAAGGAAAUGUAUGAUGAAUGUACUUAAUUAGUGCUUUUGGGGUAUCAAUGGUGAAUGGAUUUGCUAGUUGAACAGCUCCACCAUGUGGCAAAAUACUAUACAGUGGAAUAUUGGAUGUUGCGCUGGAUGCAGACAUAUUAGGAAUUCAGACCUUUUACAUUUAGAUUUCAACAGAUAAACUUGUGUGGCAAACAGUUACUGUAAUUAUAAUACUAAAUAAAUGUUUGAGUCUUUUAAGGAAUAAAUGGUUUUUCACAGCUACAAUACAGAGAAUUGCUGACCUAGUACUGUUUUGUAGCCAACCUAUCUUGAUACAAGGGAUGCUGUUAUUCGAGACUUCUUCCCCUGCCCUGCCCUUGGAAUGUUUCUUACUAAAGUAGAAUGACUGGUGGCAGGUUCUUCAUGCUGUAUUUUUAAUGGUAUAAAUGUGAAACUGCUUCCUGUGCAUGUCUGUCCGGAUGUGUUUUUGAUCUACUUGCUCAUUUUAUCAACAUAUAAAAAAUUAAUUACUCAUCUCUGUAACUUGGUAGAUUUAGUCAGUCAUCAAUAAAUAGACUUAAUUAAA